CAGAAACGGCCAAUCUUUCGUGCCAUGCGUGCCCCCACGGACUCCCUUGGGCCCGCAGAAACUACCUAAGCUGAGCUAACCUCUCUCGUGUCAUCUCGUGCUCUCGCUACUCUGCUCACUGCGCACUGGCUCCUCCCACUAUAGGCAGCACACCACACCAGUGAGCCAGUGACUUGCUAGUGAUCUAGUGACUGACUGUACCAUGCAGCAGUAGCUGGAGUAGCUUGGUAGGUAGGAGUAGCGCCAAGUGUGCGGCCGGGCUCGCGCGGCCACGUCCAGGCAGGCUGCGAGAGCGAACGAGCCGCCCGCCGGCCGGCAAUGUCGCCGCCGCCGCCGCCGAGGCUGAGUGACGAGCUGUCGCGCAGGACGGCGGUGCUGGGGCUUCGCCUGUGGGUGCUCGUCGGCAUCGCCGUCGGUGCCGCCUUCCUUCUGCUCCUCGCGCUCAUCUCCUUCCACCUCACGGCGGCGCGACGGAGGCGGCCCAGGAAGGGGGUCGCCCACGCGCCGGGGGCGCCGCUGUCCCCGUCCAACAUCCCGCCCGUGUCCAAGGAGAUCCAGGAGGUGGCCGUCCACGUCGGCUCGCUCCGCCACUACCUCGAGAUGGGGCACGCGUUCCCCAAGGACGGCGCGCAGCAGCAUGGCGAAGACGGCGAGUCCGUAGGGGGCGCGACCGCGCACGGGUCGCAGCGCGUGCACAUCGAGGCCGGCAAGGGUCGCCGCAUGGUCGCGUACGGCGAUGGGGAGAUCGGCCAGGUGGCGUUCGACGUGGCGACGGCCGUGGGUCCCGAGGUGUCGCACCUCGGCUGGGGCCACUGGUACACGCUCCGGGAGCUGGAGGAGGCCACCGCCAACUUCGCCCCCGAGCACGUCGUCGGCGAGGGCGGCUACGGCAUCGUCUACCGCGGCGUCCUCGCCGACGGCUACCAAGUCGCCGUCAAGAACCUCCUCAACAACAGGGGACAAGCCGAGAGGGAGUUCAGGGUGGAGGUCGAGGCGAUCGGGCGCGUCCGCCACAAGAACCUGGUCCGGCUGCUGGGCUACUGCGCCGAGGGCGCUCACCGGGUGCUUGUCUACGAGUACGUCGACAAUGGCAACCUAGAGCAGUGGCUUCACGGUGACGUUGGGCCUGUGAGCCCCCUCACCUGGGACAUCCGGAUGAACAUCGUACUCGGAAUGGCAAAAGGGAUCACGUACUUGCACGAGGGGCUGGAGCCGAAGGUGGUGCACAGGGACAUCAAGUCGAGCAACAUACUCCUGGAUAGGAGUUGGAACCCCAAGGUCUCGGAUUUCGGCCUCGCCAAGCUCCUGGGUUCGGACAGCAACUAUGUCACCACCAGAGUGAUGGGAACGUUUGGUUAUGUGGCACCAGAGUACGCAAGCACUGGCAUGUUGAAUGAGAGGAGCGACGUGUACAGCUUCGGGAUCCUUAUAAUGGAGAUCAUCUCCGGUCGAAGCCCGGUCGACUAUGCGAGACCCACCGGAGAGGUUAACCUUGUAGAAUGGCUCAAGAACAUGGUGACCAACAGGGACUACGAAGCAAUUCUGGACCCAAAACUGCCGGAGAAGCCUUCCUCCAAGGCACUGAAGAAGGCUCUCCUGGUUGCACUGAGGUGUGUGGAUCCGGACUCGCAGAAACGGCCAAAGAUGGGACAUGUAAUCCAUAUGCUCGAAGUCGACGACUUCCCGUAUCGAGAGGAUCGUCAAACUCUUCGGCCGGGCCAGGGCAGCCCCCUGGAGAAGGCGAGAACUCCCGGGAAGCCGGUGGCACGAUCAUGCGACAGCAGCUGCUACGAGGGCAACGCAACCACCGCCAGCACGCCCUCCAGAUUAGUCCAGGACAUGUGACUCUGAUGCGUAAUCUUUUGUGGAAGCGUGGUUGUUGCCUUCCUAGGUUUCCAACUCCACUCCCGUGAUUGACGUAGCUCGCCGAACCGUUGUAUAGUGAACGUUCUUAUGAUCCUAUCUCAGGUCGUAUGUUCAUGUAUAAGCUGGUGUAAAGAAGCGUGUGUUCAAGGACUAUGCUGCAUCUCACCUGUUCUCGCUGGCUCCUAUCCCGUAUCUGAAUUGCUAAACUUUGCCCGGG